AUGGAUCUGUUUGGAGAUAUAGAUGACAUUUCUUCAGAGAGUGAGGGAGACAACCUAUCACCUGUUCCCAGUCAGCUUGCUGAUAAACAUGGAGUGGCUCAGGACCAGCAGCAGGAAGAGGCCAUUUCUGAAACCAAAACAGAAGUAGAAAUUCCCAUUGUCAACAUUGAUUUAGGAAAUGAGUUACAUUUUGUUAAGCUACCCAAGUUUCUCAGCAUAGAACCCAAACCUUUUGAUCCUCAGUUUUAUGAAGAUGAAUUUGAAGAUGAAAAAGUGCUUGAUGAGGAAGAUAAAACCAGGUUAAAAUUAAAGGUAGAAAAUACCAUACGGUGGAGGAUACGCCGGGAUGAAGAAGGAAAUGAGAUUAAAGAAAGCAAUGCUCGGAUAGUCAAGUGGUCAGAUGGAAGCAUGUCUCUGCAUUUAGGCAAUGAAAUGUUUGAUGUCUGCAAAGCCCCGCUGCAGGGCAAUCACAGCCACCUGUUUGUAAGAGAAGACACUGGUCUACAGGGACAAGCAGUCUUUAAAUCCAAACUUACCUUUAGACCUCACUCAACAGACAGUGCCACACACAGAAAGAUGAACCUGACACUUGCUAAUAGAGGUUCAAAGACACAGAAAAUUAAAAUCUUGCCAAUGGCCAGUCGUGACCCUGAACGCCAGCACACAGAAAUGAAGAAGAAAGAAGAAAGACGACUGAGGGCUUCUACUCACCAGAAGUCUGAGAAAAUCCGUGUGCGGGAGGAGCAGAACCAGCAGGGCCUGAGCACCCCCUGCCAGGGCUCCGGCAGUGACAAGGAGCAGGACGAUGAGCAGGAGGGCGAGGGGGCCUUCAGCCUGGCUGCCAUCAAAAAACGUUACCAAGGGGAACACCGAGGAGGUGAACCUUCCAGAAAGAAGAAAGCAGAAGAGGAAGAAGAUGACUGAAGCAUAAAAUGUGCACUUAUUGUUCAUACUGUAUUGUAUUCAACAGUUGUUUUUAAAACAAUGACGAAAUGACUUAUUUUGACUGAAAUGAGUUGCUUUUGCAUAAUCCCAAUUGUGAAUAAAAAAUGUUUAAAAGCAA